AAAAAAGAAAAUCCAAUGGUUCAGCUUUUCUAUGGGACAUUUGUGGCAGAGAGAACACAUAAGGGUAAGACCUUAUCCAACAUCGAGCAGUUUGGCCAGUACCCCUUACAAGUGAACGGUUUCAACAACUUGGAGGAAUGUUUGGAAGGUGCCAUGGUAGAGGGGGAGAUUGAAGCCCUCCAUCCGGAUCAAACCAUUUCAUCUGGCAGCAAGAGAUGGUUCUCAAAGUUACCACCAGUGUUGACCUUUGAACUGUCCAGGUUUGAGUUCAACCAGUCGUUAGGACGCCCAGAGAAGAUUCACAAGAAACUGGAGUUCCCACAAAUCAUUUAUAUGGACAGAUACCUUCACAAGAACAAUGAGAAUACCCACAACAGGAGAGGAGAGGUGAAGCGCCUGAAGGAGCAUCUCACGGUCCUGCAGCAGAAACUGGAAUGCUACAGAAACUAUGGCUCCGGGCCGACAAACUAUCCCCUGGCAGACAUGUUACAGUACAUGUUGGAGUUCGCCUGCACUAAGCCCACCAGUGUGUCCCCUGCUGAAGACACGAGGCUGGCUGCCUCUUCCCCCACUCCCCCCAGCAGCAACCCCCAGCACACAGAUGCCAACCCUGACGAUACCAGGCAAGGACCUCUGGGACAACUGUCUCAAUUGUCAAGCUCCACCUGUCAGCAGAAGCCCUCAUUUAGCCAGAGGAUGCCCAUCUACAAGCCCUUCACCCAGUGCAGACCCCCCAUGGACGCCCCACCUCACCCCGCCCCCCACAGUGUGACGGAGGAGGAGCUGCGCUUCGUCAAGACCUGCCUGCAGCGCUGGAGGACAGAGAUGGAGAACAACAUGAACGAGCUAAAGGCCAGCAUCGACAGGGUCAGCCAAGCGCUGGAGGGCAUGUACUCGGAUAACCGUCUGUGUCAGGUUCCGUACAGGCUUCACGCUGUCCUCGUCCACGAGGGCCAAGCCUUGGCUGGCCACUACUGGGCCUAUAUCUACGACCACAGCAACCAGUGCUGGAUGAAGUACAACGACGUCAUCGUCAGCGAGUCCUCCUGGGAGGAGCUGGUCAGGGACUCGUACGGAGGCAUGACCAACGCCAGCGCCUACUGCCUCAUGUAUAUCGACGACAGGCUGCCUCACCUAAUUGCAGAAGACACAGAUGACGAGACGGGCCAGGUCAUGCAGGGCAUGGACUCUCUGCCACCCAACCUCGGGCGCUACGUGCGCGAGGACAACCGCUGGUUCCAGCAAGAGCUCAGGGAGUGGGAAGAGCAGUUUUACCAGCCGCCACAGCAGGAUCCGGCCGCUCCCACAGCAGCCUCCACCUCCACUCGUGUUCCCAGUAAAAAAAAAGACGAGGCAGCAGAACCAGUCCCCCAACCUGGACCUGCCCAGGAACCCACUGGGGAGCAGGGACAGGAACCAGAGGCAGAGUCGGCUGUUAAACCGGCAGUGGAAUCUGAAAGUCAGUCUGGACAUCAAUUUAUAUGGCAGGGUUACAUGAUAAUGCUCUUUGAGGAGCCUGUCCCAACAAGCCAGCCCCAGUCCCCAGUACCUGUGUCCCUGGAGAACGCUGGCAGCAGCCCAGAGGAGAGCGACCACCAGGCUGUCACUGUCACGCCAGAGCCCUGCCAACAUACCAGCGAGGACAAGGAGGGGCAGGAACACAGUCAACUUGAUCUAUCUAACUUAAUGUCAACUUCAUAUGCCCAGCAGCUCCCCCCACCACAGUCUCCCAGCCCUGCAGCAGAGAUGAAUGGCCAGGCCCAGACUGCAGCUGUGACCCCUGACCCCUCCACAGAGUUCACCUCUGAGACCGACAGCGAGACUGGGGUCAGAGAGGCAGGGGCGGAAGCUGCGGCAGCACCCGACACCCAGGCAGACGGCGAGGAUGGUCAGGACGCCCCGCCGGCGACCAGACGCCGGCAGCAGCAACCAGAGAUCGUGGUGUCGGAGGUGGAGAUCCCCAACGUGGGCAGGAUCCUGGUGCAGGCUGACAAUGACGGCUACAAUGAAGAGAGGAUGCUCACUCCAGCUAUGCAGGGAAUCAUUAUGGCCAUAGCCAAAGCCAGACAGGCAUUUGACAAUGAAGGCCCUGAGGCUGGCCUCAUCAAGGCGUUCCAGGAGGAGUACUCCCGUCUGUUUGAGUUGUCCCAGGAGGAGACCACUGCCCAGCAGGACCCACGCCUGCACCAUGCCCUGGUCUACUUCUUCCAGAACCAGGCGCCCAAUCGCGUCAUCGAGAGGACCCUGCUGGAUGGCUUCACCGACCGCAACCUCAGCUUCGACGACAGGUCCAUCAGUAUCAUGAGAGAGGCCCGCGCCAAACUACGCCUCAUCAAGCCAGAGGAUAUGGAUAUGGAGGAAUAUAUGCAAUGGCAUGAUGACUACAGCCUGUUCCGGACAGUGUUUGUCUACCUGCUGACGGGCUUGGAACAGUACCAGCAUGGAAAGGUGAGCGAGGCGCUGAAUUACCUCAACCACGCCUACAAAGACAACACCAUGCUACUGAGAAGAGGGGAGAAGAGAGGAGUGGAGCAGUCACUUAUUGCACUUUACAGGAGGAGAUGUCUCAAAGAAUUGAAUGACAAUGCGGCCACCCUGUUCAGGAGCGGCGAGGUGAGCGGCGUGGAGGAGGGCCUGAUCAUCAUGAACGAGGCGGUUAUCCCCUGCAUGCACCUGAUGAGCCGGCCGGACAUGGUCAGCCAGGAGGACCUGGACACAAUGGAGGCUAUCCGCAGCCACUGGUGCUCCUACCUGGAAGUGGACCUGGAUGACUCCCUACAGUUAAAGCUGGGUGAGUUUCUGCCCAGGGUUCUGGACUGCUCAACAGAGAGGGUGGUCUUAAAAGAUCCACCAACGGUGCGCUCCAAAGUGCCCCACGACCUGUGCAGCCGCCUGGCCGCCAUCAUGGAGUCUAUCACCAACACCUCCGUGGUCUCUGUCAAGUAAGACCAAGGGGUCAGAGGUCAGCUUCUGAGAUUAAUGGUCAGGACAGGUACGCUAGCCGACGAUCGCUAAUGUUUUAUCCUCAUGUAGAGUUGACAAACACUGGAUUUUUGCAUAGUAGUGCAAAGUAGUUUUUUUAUAUUACCUUUUAAUGUGCUUUUGCCAUAUUUUUCUAAAUCAGAACAGUAAGUAGAUUCUGAGUGACUUGAGGCAGAGUUUAUAUGGUCAUAUGAUACUCAGACACAUCAAGAGGAGAGAGAAAUGUCUUUAUUAUACAUUAAUAAGGUAUUGCUUUGAACCUAUUUAGGUAUGUUUUAAGAAAGUGAAAACACAAGAAAUAAGAGUAUUUUUUAUUGUUUGUUAGAUAUUUUACAUGUACCAUGAUACAUUAGGAUUGCAGUGAACAACAGGCUCUUGAAGAUUUAGGUGUUUAGAAAUUCAGCUUCCUUUGUCUUGUUUUGUAUUUUCCUGUUUAUAUAUGUAAGCCUUUCCUUCCACUCCUGUUUUCCACUUCUUGAAAACUGUAUUGACGCUCAAUAAACUUUCAAACUUUCU